AACCCGGUACUUUGCUCUGACGUUGCAUAUUCUUGUCAACUUACUUACUGUACUGCGAACGACAAUCCUGGUCUACGUCUAAAACUCUACAUGUGAUGGAACUCUGUUGCUCCCGUUUACGACUUGAAAUGCAUGUUUAUCGGCUCCGAGGCGGCGGUCGCAUACAAGCGCGACGCGCGCUCAGGCUGUACACCUAGUUCAUCUCUCAAGUUCCCAUCUUUUACAGUUUUUCCUCUUUGCGAGCUUCCACGACAACGUUCAGUAGCAUGACAGCCUUCUAUUAGCACCCACAGGCAGCUUCACUCUCCAGAAGACGCCACUGCAGGGCCAUCGAAGCCGGUGAACGCGCUGUGAGUCAUAUUGCCAAACUCAAGCCAAACCAUUUUGAUCGGAGCGGGACGAAGAAUGGCGCCGAAGGAUAACACCGAUAACACGUCCAAGCUUGACUGGAGAGUCAAUGCGUUGAAUGCAACGACCGCAUUCCUUGUCCUGAAGAACACCCAUGACAACAACAACGUGCCUCAUUCCUAUCAGCUCGGAAGCAACCGCUAGGCAUCUGUCUGGCUGAAACGUAGACAUCUGGGUUCACUGCUAAACUGGGACGUGUUGUUGUUGUACGUCAAUAGCUGCCGUGUCCGGCUUCGCUCCGACCGUCCGACUACUACUGGGCGGUCCUACUGGUGUCGAUGUCCACUUGGUUUUACCCCCGCCAGCUGUAUAGUCGUAGGACACUCUGGAAACAGCACGAUGCAUCGACAGCUUGUGAGCAGGCGGUUCGAAACUGGCAUCAUACGUCGCCAACAGCAAAGUACGACAGACUAACCUUCUGAAGCCACCGCGGCAUUUAAGCCAGCGCCCUUUCGUAAGAUCUUCGUGUAUCAAAUACAGUGUUUAGACGCGUGGGUAUAUAUUUCGUUGCCUGGUAUUCGAAAUCGCCCUUGGUGCAUCAUGGCCAGCCCCUCCGAACCUGCCUUGCCUCCUGCUCCGAAUCCUCUUACACCUUUGGCAUGGCUUCCACCAGAUAUUGCCUAUCAGUAUGAGAUUCAGAGGCAUCUUACAGCUUAUGUGGUUGGGGCCUGGCUCUGGGAUGUCCUUAAUAGUCUAUCGGAUGACGUGCACAUGUUCAGGCGACAUAAGACAAGACCCACGGAUAUUGCUUAUGUUCUGUCUAGGCUCUUGACUUGCGGUUUCAUCAUGAGCACGUUCAUUUUCAUAAUUGCACCUCUCAACGACUGUCAAGCGGCCAUACAAGCUGUCAGCUGGUUUGCAGCUUUCGCGUGCCCAUGCAACUCGUUCUUGAUCUUCGUCAGAGCAAGAGGAGUCUUCUACCGAAACAAAAUAAUCGCCUGGGGGUUCUUCGCCCUUUGGCUCACCACCUUCGCUUCCCUUACCACUCCUUUUUCCUACGAUGCUGUCCACCUCGGACCCACAAAAGCGUGCAUUAACGACGUCGUUAAACGAUUCAGUGCAGCGAGUUUCGUUGCCAUUGCUGCUUUCGAUACCACGGUCUUCAUCGCCAUUUCACUGAAGGUCUCGUCUUAUGGCAUGACUGAGGGGUGGAAGGGUCGUCUCAAGUCGAUCUUCACUGGCAAAGGUGUCGGAUAUGUCUCCAAGGCUCUGCUGCAAACUGGCCAGCUUUACUACAUGGCGACUGUCGGCCUUAACCUCAUAGCCAUGGUUCUUCUUCUGACACCGUCGUUGUCCUUGGUAUACCAAGGAAUGUUCACUGUUCCGAACGUCGCUCUCCAAAACGCCAUGGCUUGCCGAGUCUAUCGUCUUCUCAAACUCGGCAUCAUCCAGGAGAAUCCCCAUGCCCCUAUUCAUUCCAACAGUGGGAAUCAACCUUCCGCCGUUCAAUUUCCUGCAACCAGAAGUGCUAUUAAUGACACCGUGCAAGAUCCGGAUGAUAUUGGUUUAGCUAGCUUCACCAAAAGGUACACCCAAGGUCCAAUCCGGAUUAACAUCAGCGAGGAAACGACUACGGAUGCGAAGGAUAGGGAUUCAGUGGCUUUCGCUGGUGUUUAGAUUUGAUUUACGUGAUGGGAGAGGCAGUAUUAGACGUAUGUAAGGAGGCGGCUAACGUACGUUUCGUGUACAGAUACCCAAGCCUGUCCUCACCUCCAUUCGUUACGAGUCCCAAUUUUAUGUUAUAUAGGUGUUUGUAAUUUUGUUACACAGUUACAGUACGAGUAGAACUACGGUACCGCAGUGGACUGUGUACAUUACAUGAACUUGCGGCGACUUGAACAUGUAAAGAAGUUCUUUCGUGACGACGUGAUAUUUCCAUUUCGAGCUGCUCGUCACACACACAUCCUC